UUUUUUUGUCCGCAAAAAAUUUAUUUGUUUUAAGUUUUUACAAUUGUUCCCCUUUGUUAAUUGUUCGCCUUUAUUUGUUCACAUUUUUUAUUUUGUGUUUUAUUUCACAUACGCGUUAUUUUAAUUCGCGUUUUUAUUUUCUCAAUUCAUUUUUUUGUGAUUUAAUUUUUUUAAAUUUACUUUUUAAUAAUUUUUUCUUUUACAGAUUAUAAAAAUAUUUUAAUUAUUAAAUUAUAUUCUUUAUCUACCUUCCCAAAUGCCCUCGAGACAAUUUAGAAAGAGAAAAGAACGAAAGGAGCGGCACCAAAAUUUAGGAGGACAUAUACAAAACGGUCCUCCUCAGGACCAGGGGGAAACCCCGGUUAUUUCUGUCCACCCAAACGAAGUUCCGCCUUCUGAAGUUCCUAAUCUUUCCCAAAAUGACUCCACCCUCCCCAACGAAGGUCCUUCAUACUUUACCUUUGAUAAUUUUUCCCUUAUUGAUCAAUCCGCUUCCAAUCAAAUUUCUGACCCACCUCCUACCCCUAACACGCCUUUAACCCCCUUUUCUUUGACUUCUGAAGCUGCUGUGCCAAGAAAAUACAGAAAAAUUAGUGAAUCCUCAUUUGAUACAGAAAGCUUGAUUUCCACUAUUGAUUCUGUUUCUAUUUGUUCAUCCCGUCCUUCAUCACCUUCUAUUUCUAUUAAAAAUAAAGGUGGUCGCCCAAAGAAGAAAACCCGAAAAGGUAGUGGCCGUAAACCUAAAACUAUUCCGCAAACAAAUCCCUCAGUUCCUAUUAUUGAUUUUUUCAACCUUCUUUUACUUCACUUUGUUACCCGAAAAACCGAUGACCCAAACGCAAUUUGUAACCGAACCGACAUGCCACUCCACCAUGACAAUCUUGAAAACAAUCCACUUCAUAUUGAAAUACUCUGGAAUAAUUUAACAGAGUGGCUUGAAGGCCAAGAUAUUUUUGCUUUUAUUUCCUUUCUUUCCCGAAAUGUAAACACCAACACAGUUGUAGUUGAUCCGCGUACCACUCUUCCUUUUGAUAUGAAUUAUGCCCAUAACCUUCCCGAUGAAGACUUUUUUGCCCGGUGUUAUGGUUUAGUCCAAGGCCAAGUUCCUCAAAUCAUAUUAUUUCCUCUUAAUUUCCCCAACCACUGGACUUUGGUCGUUUGGGAUGCGACUGAAAAUACUGCUUUCUACAUCGAUUCUAUGUGCAAGCAUCUCCCUUCUCGUAUUCAUACCGAUGAAAGAGCUCCAAUUGUUAAAUCUUAUAUUACACGCAUAACCAAUAUUCCUUUACAUGAUAUUAAUAUUGUCGAUUAUCCCCUUUCUCUUUAUACACACCAACAAGAUGGCUUUAGCUGUGGCUAUUUUACCUGUUUGUAUGCUGAAUCUUGGCUCUUUAAUAACCGUUAUAUGUUAUUUGAACCUUUUAAUAUUAACACCGAAAAAAAGAGAAUUCUUUGGCACCUUAACAAUCUUCUUACCGGCGAUAAUGUAGUAUACCAUCCUCGCUACCUAAAUGUCAAUCCACAUAUAUUUCCUGAUAACCCAACGUCACAACCCAUACAAAAUAUUGAACACGUAGUUCUUCAUGACUCACCAUUUCAUCCUACACAGAAUAUUGUAAAUGAAAUUCCUGAUGAAGGUGUGGUAGUAAACACCGGCCCUAUUAUUUUCCUGGAACCCGACCCUCCAUCAAAAAACUUGCGCCGGUCAGAACGCAUUAAAACAAAACAGAAUGCUACACCAACCCCCACUAUCUCGACAGUUUCACCUAUUGUCCCUUCAUUUUCUUCAUCCACCCCAUUUGUCGAUCGCUGUUAUAAAAGACAUAAAAGACUUUCCCUGUGCUGAUGCUCGU